CAAAUCCACAUUAUUUCAAUUGAUUUACAAUUUACUUAUUUAUGAAGCAACAGCAUUUUCAAUAUCGAUCCGUAUGACAAGCAGGGAAUGAAAACAAAAACAAUAUGCAUCUAUCGAACAACAUAAACAUGCAAUUUGCAGUCGGCAGCCAAUACGAUAUAUUAUUUGUAAGUAAAAUAUUGUGUCUAUUUCUGCUAAGUGUGGAUUAAUCGCCUAUCUAAAUGGCAAACAAAUGACAGUGUAAUAACAGCAAUUUACUGACUGUCAAAAAUUGGAGGUGUGAAUAACCGUUGAUAUGGAUGAAAAGGAUUAGGAUGCAUUUAUAAUUGAAGGAUACAAUAAAACUGAAUGUUUUCGAGAAUACUAUAAAUGCAACUAUGCAGUGAUACUUACCUUAUAAUACUAAAUAUGUUCACUUGCGACUUCAUAUUCGCGGGAUUCGCGAUGGAUAUCAUUCCGCGAAGAUUUGUAUCCGCGAAAAUGUUCAUGUUUUGAAAAACGCGAAAUAUAGUAUCCGCGAACAUUUCUAGGUUUACAGUAUUACAUAAAUACGAGGUUUAGUUUGUAUUCACAAGAGAAAAAAAAUACAACAUUUAGAAUGAGCAAAACAUGAAGCAUCUCUCCCGCAUGUGUGGACAAGAUUAAAAAGACCCGAAAAGGCAUUUAUAGCCGGAAGAAUUCUAAAGCGAUAUAAUCUAAAUUUUGACACGAUAAAUUAGCAAUGGCAGCAUCCGACAGUGAGAAAUAUUUGAGGUACUUACUCCUGUUAGGAGAAGGUGGACUGCUUGUUUUGCGAGGUAUAGUGCUUAAAGAAGCAUCCAAGAGAAGACAAUCAUUACAUGCCAUACUUGAAAACAACAGAGCUAUGCUGUCUAGUAAAAUAAGCAACCAGCAACAAUGUCGGCACAUAUUUCCAACAGCAUCCUCUGUGGAUGCCGACCUUUCGACAUGGGAUAUAAAUCUUCUGGGAAUAGUUAUAAUACAUGUUUUUGGCAACACCCUUGACCAGAGAGAAGUAAAUGGAGUGAAAGAAAUACACGACAGUAGAGUUGACAUAUCAGAAAAUGAAUCAUGCAUGUGUUUAGUGGAGAUGGAGUAUCGCAAGAAAAGGCUGCAACUUUCUUUAACACUUUUAAACUUAGCGGCCGAGACAGAUUUCAACACCCAUUAUAUGUGUCUGGAAAUCAUUUCUACUUCCGGAGCCGCACCAUACAGCAUACACGCUUUGCUUCAGAAACUGGCGGAUCUUCGUGAAUUUCAGAGUGAAAUGAUAGAAACCCUUUACACACAGCUAGAUAUGGUCAUCAAAGAGGAAGAUUGUAUGAAUGCAGAUUCAAGCAAUGAGAGAGAUAGCGAUGGCAACAUAUUUACACAUACACUUGGAGAAAGAAUGACUGCUCUGCACACUGAGAGAUGGUACUUUGGGCCUUUAACUAGGGAAGAAACAAAUGAAAUCUUUGACCAUGUAGAUACAGAUGGUAUAUUUCUCAUACGUGAUUGUCAGUCGAACCCUGGGAAUUUAGUUCUCAGUGUUAAGGAGGCCGGAAAGGUGAGUCAAUACUUUAUCCGUCGUGAACCUGUAGACGGGCAUAUCAAGUUCCAUAUUGGAGAGGGAGAUAAAUCUUAUGACAGCGUAGCCGAUAUUGUUGACUUCUACUCCACACACUACUUAAAUAAGACAACUCUCACAAAACCGGCUACAAGACAGAAAUUUGUCACAAAGUCCGACUUUGAAGGCAAUAAUCCAAAAGAUUUGUCGUUUAAGAAAGGUGACAUUCUGGAAAUUAUUUCAAAGGAGGAGGACAGAUGGUGGUAUGCUAGGGACUCUGAUGGCAGAAUUGGAAUAGUACCCGUACUUUAUCUUACACAUUUACAGGAUGGAGAAGCCUCCGGACAAAAGGAGAAGCCUGCAGUAGCACCAAAACCACGUAAAGAGACAGCUAGAGAUGCAUCACCACCAUUGUCAGUCCCAAAGCGGUUACCAUCAAAGGCUAUAGUAACUAAGACAAGGAUUUCAAACCCUUACGACGAGACUCAGCUAACACUGCAUAAGGGUGAUAUUGUUGUUGUUACGAAGAUGUUUGCAAAUGGACAAUGGCUUGGAGAGUGCAGGGGAAAAACAGGAAUGUUUCCUUUCAGACGCGUGACAUUUCUUGACGAUAUGUGAUUAGAAAAAAAUAAUUUAUGAAACAAAACAUAAACGAAACAAAUUAUUUAGGUCAACAUUACCAAAAUCCUAAAAAAUGUUGAUUGAUGUCGUGAGUGAUGUGAAUGUAUAUUUCCAAAUGCAGAGUGAAAAGUGUAUCUUUGUGCAAUAUUUGUGUCCUAUGCAAAUAAUUCAUUUAUCAUAUUCGGUUGGAUUUUUCUACAGUAACAUAACUCUUGUAAAAAGCCAUUGUCUAAACUAUAUCUCCAACAGCACUGUGUGGUGGGAGACAUAUUGAUUCAUUCCUAUAUGACUGUCUGUCUGUCGUUCUGUCUGUCCGUCCGUACGUCUGUCACAAAUCUUGUUCGCACUCUUAGUCGAACAUUUCUCAUCCGAUCUUCACCAAACUUAAACUAAAUGACCACGUUUGCCAAUAAGUCCCCGGCAAAGUUCGAUAACCGGCCAAGGCACUUUGGACUUAUAGCCCUUGAAUUAUAAAAAAUUGCUUAGGUCUUAGGAACAUAAAGGGUCGCUGCAUCUUGCUGUUUUAAAUCAGAAUGGAUCCAUUGGGAAACAACAAUGUUCCUAACAGAACACCAUAGCUUUGGCAUAGCAAAACACCAUAAGUAUUGAAAGUUAUCCAGAUGUUCUCGUGGAAAUGUUUGGAAUAUUCAGUAUAUAUAAGAUUUGGCAUAGAUUAAUUGUGUUCUUUUUUGUUUCCAUGAUGUUAAUUUUACAUCAUUUGUAUGAAGAAUGUGACAAAUGCAUGCAUCUACUAACAUACUGAAUGUGAUACGUAUUAGGCCGAGAUGACGUGUAUAAUGAUUAAACAUUUUAAUGAAUGACUGUAGCAUCGAGCACUGUAUUCGAUAUUUAGACCACGGCUACGACAGUUAUUUAGUUAUGUUUUAAAACCUAUAUUGAAAAGAUAGUGACUGAAUACGCUUGCAGAUGAAGUUGUUAAAGCACAUUUAUUCAGGUUGGGACUAAAUUGUCCACUAGCAAUUACGCAUGAUUACUGUAUUAUAGCAGUAUAGUCAGAAUGACUUUCAUGAAGUUAUUUGAUUUUGGAGGAAAAUUUAGACCUUUUCGUUGUGGUUUGUCUUUAAAGACCCAGCACAACCUAUUAAACUACUUUUUCCUCCCAUAUAAACUUGGUCAAAAUCAUUCUGAUUAAACGACAAGUAUCAUACAUAUUACAAUUUGUCUUGGUCUAAUAUAUAUUACUUUAAAUUUGUAACUACACUCUUUUAUUUCACUUCUUUUUCUAUGCAAAUCAUUUGUAAUAACUACCAUGGAAAUGCAAAAGAAUACAGUUAUUCUCAACUCCUUUCUUGCAACCUUAAUUGGAAAUCUUAAAUGGCUGUUAGAAGUAUCGGCAUAUCAUUACAUACUGUGAUAAUAGAUGACCAAAUAUUUGCAAAUUUGCUUAACAAACUAGAGCAAAACUGUAUAUUGGUAUGUAUUUUAGUAGCAGUUUCGCCUGUACUACAGAUGAUGCUUUUAAUUUUUAGGUCGACUUUUCGAAGAAUAAGAAGAACUAUUCUACUCACCACGGCGUCGGCUUUAUCGUCGGCUUUGGCGUCGGUGUCGGCGUCACACAUUGUUCAAGUUGUUCGUACCAGUCCAUAUUUUAACAAAAUCUUUUCAGAUAAAACUUUGAAACUUUCACCAUUUGUUUACAUCACCAUGACCAGUUUUAGCAAGAGUACAUAACUCCAUCAAGGAUUUUGUCUGAAAUAUGGCUCCUUUUAGCUUACAAAAGUUCGUUCAGUUUUUCGUACCAAUUUAUGUUUUAAGUAAAGUGUUUGGCAUAUGGCUUUGAAACUUUUAUCACUAUAUGUAUGUAGGAGUACACAACUCUUUCUGUUAUUUUGGCUAAAGUACAUGUAUGGCCCUUGGAGAUUGUUUCAAUUUUAGUACAAGUCAGCGUUAUGUCAAAACAACCUGUCAUGUGGCCUUGAAACAUUGAACACUUGUUUAUCAUCGUGAUUCCCAUCUAUAGGCAAGAGUACAUAACUCUGUCAACUAUUUUGGCUGAAUUUUGGUCCUUUUUGGACUUGAAAAAUUGGUUCAGUUUUCGCAGAAGUCAGCGUUUUUACAAAACACUUUUACAUGUGGCUUUAAAACUUUGAGAACUCGUUUAUCGUAAUGAUUUGUAUCUGUAGGGAAGUGUAUUUAAAUCUGUUAACUAUUUUGGUUGAUUUAUGACCCUUUUUGGACUUAGAAAUCAGUUUAUUUUUUUCAUACAAGUCAAACUUUUACCUAACCUGGUCAUCAUAUUUCUUUGAAACUUUGAUCACUUGUUCAUCGCCACAGUUAACAUAUGUUGGCAAGACUACAUAACUAGGACAAGGACUUAAGCUCAGUUAUGGCCCCUUUUGACAUAUAAAAUAGUUUCGCAUUCCAUUUCAUAUUUUGUCUAAACAGUUUAAUAUAUAUCUUUGAAACGUUGAACACUUGCUCACCAUCAUGAUAACAUAUUGCCAUACAGUGCAAGACGUAUUCCAAUCCACAAACACAGGUAUAUUGUUUGUUUUAUCUAUUACCGUAUAAGUACUUAUUUCUGCGAGCUUAAAAUUCUGCGAUUUUUUCAAAACUGAGGUGGUAUUAAUUUCUCAAUUUCUGCGUACUUUAUUUCUGCGGUGUAUUCCUUCUCACGUUGAUUGGAUUUAUUUCUGUGGUUCUGUAUUCACCGUUUGUUUCAUUAAUUUCAAAUAGACAGGUACGUAUUUUGUUGUUAUUUUGACAGUUAUGCUGACUUCCGGAUUGAAAAUAAAAGUUGACGAAUACUAAUGUGACAUCAUCAUCAUCACAUAAUGUUGAAUGAUAAAUAAAAACGCAUGAAAAAACAGUCAUUUUAUAAAUACAGUCAUGCCAAACAGACAAGAAAAUGCUUUUGCAAACAUUCUCAUCUGUGCAUUGUAACGGUAUGAUAUUUUUGUUAAUCACGCCUUUUUUAAGUCCCAUACAAAAAAUGGCAAAUAUGACCAUCACCAGACGGAUCGAUUAACAAUAGACACAAAGGAUACAAUGGAUUGUGUUUAUCACGUAAUUUAAGAAAAUUGAAACUGGCAGCUGACUGCUCAAUAGUGAACGAAAAUUACAAUUAAUUUGAUGGUUUUAUUAUGUUUAUUCAACUGCAAAACAAUAACAAAACAGUUCUAUUAUAUUGCCGUUACUACUAAAUUUUUUAAACUUGCUUCGUCGGCCUUCGGUUACAUGUGGGACAAAGCCGAUAACGCUAUCGGACAUUGUCUUAUACUUAACCGGAUCAUAAUGGCGUAACAGGGCAUGUCAAGACAAAAUUUUCUGCGGAUUUUAAAUCUGCGUUCUUGUUGUGUUCCGCAGAAAACGCAGAAAUAAAGUUCCCGCAGAAAAAAGUACUUAUACGGUAUGUUUUUUGUCUGAAUAUCUCUGGUAAUGUUUUAACCCCAUACUUGCAUAAAUUCUUCGAAUUGUCGAGCGCGCUGUCAGCUGAGGGCUCUCGUUGGCCUUGACAUAGAACAUAUAAAUUAUAGUGUGACACAAACCUAUAAGUCACAAUAGCCCGAUAUUAAACAGGCUUGUAAUGCGAUUCGCAUGCCGUUUCCUACCACUUGCUCUGUAAAUAUGAAAUUUUACUCAAACUGAUACAAUCACCCUGUCCUAACCAAUCAACCGAAUCGGCGGUGAAACCACUCAAAUCGUAGAUCAGAAUAUUAAUUUCACAGAUAUAUCUUCAAUAAUAGGGAGACCCAAACGUAUAUGUCACGGACAGACAGACAGAAUAUUUUUUUGACGUAAACUGUACAGUUUUUUGUCAUACAUACAAUAUAUACACAUACAUCAAAAUAUUGUCAUCUGAUUUUAUACAAAUAACAAAAAGCGUAAGCAUU